CAUUUACAUAAAUACAAACAUUAUAUUACAUUUUUCCUAAUUUCAAAUUUUACUGCACCAUGCAAGUGCAGUAGAGAUGAAGUUGCUAUAAAAAGCCCAUUCAGUUUCCUGCUAAAAUUGCUGCUUUUGCUUUUGUUGUUAGUAACUUACAUAGAUCAUAUCAACCUGCACUUUCUUUCUGUACUCUCUUCAACACUAUUUUAUUCUUUCACACUCUCACCUCUGCACCUACUUUCACUUUUCUCAUCUUCCCCAUUUCUCCACCUUCUAUUUUCUCUGUACUUUCAUUUCCUAGGACAGUGUGAAAAUUCCAUUCAUGGAUAAUAAUGAGGACAUAUUGAAAACCUUAGAAACUACUGAUGAAAGCACCAUGAAUCACAUGAUGACAAUGAUGAUGCAAAUGGAAAAGUUUCCUGAAUCAACAUAUCAACCGUUUUAUAACACCAACUCCAAUAGCAACAAUCUUAAUCUCAAUCUCACCAACACAGAAAAUGAAUACUGUUUGAUGAAUCCACCACUCUCUUCUUAUCCUCUUCAACCAAACAAUGCUUCAUCAUAUUCAUACCCUUCAUUAGAGAAAAAGAGUUCAUCAAUGACAGCAAUGAGAGAAAUGAUAUUCAGAAUGGCGGUUAUGCAACCUAUUCACAUAGACCCAGAAACCAUUAAACCACCAAAGAGAAAAAACGUGAAGAUUUCAAAAGAUCCACAGAGUGUAGCUGCAAGACACAGAAGAGAAAGAAUAAGUGAGAAAAUAAGGAUCUUGCAGAGAUUAGUUCCUGGUGGAACAAAAAUGGAUACAGCUUCUAUGUUAGAUGAAGCAAUACAUUAUGUGAAGUUCUUGAAGAAACAAGUGCAGAGUCUUGAACAAGCUGGGGGAAUUACUAGACCUAAUUUGAAUAAUGUUGUUGGUAAUUUCCCUUCAGGAAUGUUUUCUAAUUAUGCUAAUUUUAAUUAUUCUUCUUUGCUUAGAGGUUGUUCAUCACCUUGUCAAAUGGUGGCUCCUACUUCUAAACAUAUGCUAAGUUGAUCACAAGAGAUUAAUGUUGAAUGUGUUAAAUUAUGGAAUUAUAAUUUCUAAAACAGUUUCAUGUUAUUGCAUUAAUUCAAUAAGCUAAUGAAUGUAUGUGUUCACCAAUU